AUGCCAGCGUCUGUGGGCCGGCUAGCUGCGCUGCUGGUGCUGCUUCUUGCGGCCGCCUCCAGCGGCUUUGCGGAGCCCGAUGCGCAGGAUGGAGCGCGCGUGCUGGAGGCAGGCGUGCCGCACCGGGCCGACAGCACGAGGAUUGGCGGGCCGCCAGCCAGGUACCACCUCGCAGGGCUACAGCGGGGCAAGGGCUACGAAGUGCGGGUAUCCUUCCCUGGCACGGCCGCCGUGCGAGUCAGGCUGUGGCUGGAUAGCGCUGCCGCCGCCGACGGCAGUGGCAGCGGCGGCGGCCUGACCCACCGCAGCCACGUGCACAGCCGUAAGCUACUGGAUGCAGAGAAGGUCAUGUUUGGCACCGAUGCCGAGGGCCGGGUGUGGCUGCCCGAGCAGCGCAAAGCGUUGUCGGCGGCGGCGGUGCUGUUCAAGGCGGAGGCGUGGGGCAGGUGGCGGCAGCCAGGCCAGGCCCCGCAGCUGCUGCUGUACGACAUAGUCCUGGAGCAAAGCACACUGGGCGUGCCGCACUCGGCGCUGCCGCUGCUGGCCACCGCUGCGCUGCUGGUGCUGCUGGCGGCGGCGGCGGCGCCCUGGUGGAGCGGCAGCGUGGUGCCAGCCAUCCUGCGCUGGCUGCACGGCGAGCGCAGCGCAGGUAGCGGCAGGGAGGAAGCACCCCAGGCGGCCGCGGCUGCGGCUACAAGGCCCCGGCCCAGGCGAGCCCCCUCUGUACGGUAG